AUGUCUGACCUGAGAGACCUUCCAGGCCACCAGAAUGGCUCUGGCGACAAUAUCGAAUCGACGCAGCGAAAGAACGGGAUUGUGGAGGUAGUGCAGAAUCCGGGCGAUGCUGAGAGCCAGGCGCAGGCGCCGGCGGACGAGGUCGAUAAUGAAAAGAAGGGAUUCUUUGCUUUCUUCAAGACCAAGGAGUUUUGGAUUAUUCUAUUCCUGGGACAAUUCCUUGCCAUCGCCAAUACCUCGACUAGUACUCUGACAACCCUCCUUACAAACCACAAUUGGUCCAUCCCAACCUUCCAGACGAUUCUGAACUACGCUCUUCUGAACCUCAUCUUCACUCCAUACACCAUCUAUUGUUAUGGCUUCAAGGGCUGGCUUAAGAUGAUGCUGCGCGAUGGCUGGAAAUACAUAAUCCUUGCAUUCUGUGACGUUGAAGGAAACUACUUCAUCGUCCUGGCCUACGAGUACACCACCAUGCUAAGCGCCCAACUGAUUAACUUCUGGGCGAUCGUAGUCGUCGUGGUAAUCUCCUUCCUCUUCCUCAAGGUCCGCUACCACAUCACCCAAAUCAUCGGCAUCAUCAUCUGCAUUGGCGGUAUGGGCGUGCUCAUCGCCUCGGACCAUAUCACCGGCACCAACGGCGGGGACGUAAGCAGCGGCAACCAGCUAAAAGGCGACCUCUUCGCGCUCCUCGGCGCCUCCUUCUACGGCCUUACCAAUACCGCCGAAGAAUAUUUCGUCAGCACUCGGCCCGUCUACGAGGUACUGGGCCAGUUAUCUUUCUGGGGCAUGAUCAUCGACGGCGUGCAGUCCGCCAUCUUCGAGCGCAGCAAAUACCACACCUCGACCUGGGACGGGCAGGUGGGCGGGUACCUGGUCGGCUUUACGCUGUGCCUCAGUCUAUUCUACUGUCUUGCGCCGCUGCUGUUCCGGCUGUCGAGUGCAGCGUUCUUUAAUAUCUCCCUGUUGACGAUGAAUUUCUGGGGCGUGUGUAUUGGGGUGACAGUGUUCCACUACCAUAUACAUUGGAUGUACCCGAUUGCUUUUGUGCUGAUUAUCAUCGGGCAGUUGAUCUAUUAUCUUGGUCGGCGGGCAUUGGCUGAGGCGCGGAAGCCGUGGCUGGGGGUCAAUCAGGAGCGCGGUGUUGCGGGUAUUGCGACGGCGAGGCGCCGCAUCGAGCAUGUUGUGCCCCAUGCAACGGAGGAGCGUGCUGCAAACUCAACGGGUAAUAGCACAUAUAUCAGUGCUGGUUCAGAUAGAGUGUAG